CUUUGACAAAUUGCCUCUAAUAAUGUACACUCAAAGAUAUUGGUAAACAUGAAGUGAGGUGAUUGUGCUGAUGUUUAGCAGGAGAAGCAAUGCAUGGAUACAUUCACAUCAAACCUCAACAUUCCAUCAGUGUAUAGUGACACACACAGACAUAGAUCAAACGCUAUGUUUUACAUAAACAUCUCUCUCCCUACCCCAUACACAUGUCAUUUCUGAUACAGACAAAGGAACAAUGCAAAAUGAACAUCAAUGUCAUGACAGGCUUCACCAACUGCACAGUGUUGGAUUGAAUACACUUAAAGAGAUCAUAACGGCAGAGACAAGCACAUAAACAGCUUAAUUACAUCCAAAGUUUACCCUUUGACCCCCAGGGUAGGUACGAGUCAUGUCAAGCUCACAUCAAGAUACAAGCCUAAAGACAUGCUCUAUGAUCAUUCCAACACUAAGUAAACCAAGCUACAUUCUUCUCUCACAGUUCUUGUGGGCUCUUCCUUUCUCCUCCCUCGGAGCACCUGCUAAAUGACACGCAACCAUUGAAAUGUGAUUCACAACCAGGUAAAUAAUAUCUCCAUUCCUCACAUUAUACAUAAAGACCUUACAUAUGACUCAUCACUGGGCUCUUUGAAGAGGGACACUACUAGAGCCAAAACCCACUCAUAAUCGGCAUAUAAAUCUGGACUUAAUAGACUCCACUCUCAUAGCUUGUGGAUGUAAUAUAUUCCCUAUCUUUGAACACAACACACAGGGCAGCAACAGGCAGUGUUUAUCAAAGUGGGAAAGAAAUCAAUGAAGAUAUGAGCAAGGAAAUUUAAUGGUGCCAGGACUCUUCAGAUGAAUGUACUGAACGACCUGAUCUGAAUCAAAAACAUUCAUUGACCAGUAAAAAAUACAUUCCAAAGUCUCUUGGACCAAGUUGAAAAGCUGUCAUCGGGAGACCAAAGGGACAUUACCCUGUAUGGACUGUUACCAAGCCAUGCCAUGACCUCACUAUGAAAAGCUUGAGAAUCUUUAUUCAACCAAUGGCAUGAUUAAGCUAUCAAGAGGCACCUAACUUAUAUAUAAAUAUUUUCAUCAGUUCAGUAUCGUGUGGUAUUCUAGAGUUUGCUUUUAAUAAGCAAUGAUAAGCUGGUUCAAUUACAUUGAUCUAAAAAGUCGUAAAUAUUUUCAAAACUUUUUCAUUCUUCAGCAACAGUUUUAGAAUGGAAAACCAUGUUGUAAAUGUCACCAUGACAACACCUGUCAAUAUGACACAGGCACAGAUUGUAACAACGGCUGUGAUUGGUUCAAUUCUGGUCAUCCUGGUUGUGUUAAACCUGGUGAUGUUUUCCAUUUACAAGAAACUGACAAAUGAUCCUGAUUCAAGCAGCAAAUCCAAGAAGCGUGAGAGUGUGCAGCUGUACCAGGUGAAGCCAGCAGGAGAAUACAACUCUGUAUCACGCAGCAGCCAUCUCAACCAAUCAUAUUCCAGGGAAAACAUCACACGCACUAUUUCCUUGAAUGGAGAGGACAAUAUAUCAGGUGACUAUUCACUAGCAGACAGGUCCCUGAGCCGAGAUAGGAGUUUGGAAACAGCUAGUGGCCUUGACCUCUCCCCACAGUUAGAUACUUCAUUUAUUUCGCACCAAUUUCGCAGGAACGAAAAUCUUGACAAGUCACACGAGACAAUUUCAAACUUGGAGUUGAGCCAAUCCACAGACUCAUCACAAGUUGAAACCGAGGCUCAGAUUCAUCGUCAUCAUUUACCCAAUGAUAGAAAAUCAAGUGGAUUUAGUGACAUCCAUAGAUAUCGAAGCAUAAAAUCUCAAAUGAGGGAGAAACCAUUGAAUGUCGGUCCUCGUCAACAUCAUGAUGCCCAUCCCAUUCCAACAGGGAUAACCAGGGAGAGGCACAUCACUGGGACGUGCUCUCAAGGCCAACAAUGUUGCCAACAGGUGCGGGGAUACGUGGAUCUGACGGACUUUGACAAUGACACGGAUACGGACAUCCAGUGCAUGUGCAGCAUGACCAGUGUAGAACUGCCCUCUAUGGUGGUGGGGGUGGAAACCCUAGGGGGACAUAGUAGCAAACAGAACAGCCCCAUCCAUGUUCUUGGAAGACCGAUUGUAGAAUUCCAGAACCAAGCAUUUGAAUUUUCAGAAACAAAAACUGCCCUGGAAGAAUUUACUGACACCGAAUUGUGAUGGUAGCCUACUGGUUGAAUGUGUGUAAUCAAACCGUCCUUGAGGUUAUAAGUUUGCCUCUUGAAUAAGAACUGCUAGCUAUCCCAGAAUUUGGAGUAAGCUGUUCCAUGUGCACCCUCCAUGUUCUGACAUAUACGGUUACAUGACUAUAGUCUUCAUGUAUUGGAGAGAACCUGUAUUUGAAGUUUGUACAUAAAGACUGUAAAUCCA